GGUAACUAAGGUACUAGUUAUAUGUGCACCUUUAGUGAAACCCACUAUCAGGGUUACUAAAGUAUUAGUUAUAUGUGCACCUUUAGUGAAACCCACUAUCAGGGUUACUAAGGUAUUAGUUAUAUGUGUACGUUUAGUGAAACCCACUAUCAGGGUUACUAAGGUAUUAGUUAUAUGUGCACCUUUAGUGAAACCCACUAUCAGGGUUACUAAGGUAUUAGUUAUAUUUGCACCUUUAGUGAAACCCACUAUCAGGGUUACUAAGGUAUUAGUUAUAUGUGCACCUUUGGUAAAACCCUCUAUCAGGGUUACUAAGGUAUUAGUUAUAUGUGCACCUUUGGUGAAACCCGCUAUCAGGGUUACUGAGGUAUUAGUUAUAUGUGCACCUUUAGUGAAACCCACUAUCAGGGUUACUAAGGUAUUAGUUAUAUGUGCACCUUUAGUGAAACCCACUAUCAGGGUUACUAAGGUAUUAGUUAUAUGUGCACCUUUGGUGAAACCCACUAUCAGGGUUACUGAGGUAUUAGAUAUAUGUGCACCUUUGGUGAAACCCACUACCAGGGUAACUAAAGUAUUAGUUAUAUGUGCACCUUUAGUGAAACCCACUAUCAGGGUUACUAAGGUAUUAGUUAUAUGUGUACCUUUAGUGAAACCCACUAUCAGGGUUACUAAG